AUGUCGGCCAAGAUGAGCCUGAAGCCGGAACUAAGGACAGAGAGAGAGAUGACCCGGAUGCGUCAGUUGUCCACACUGGGACAGGAACAGUAUGAAGCUGCAGUUGACAGACACCUUCAGAAGAUUCGCGACAUCAAAAGGGAAAUUGAUGGAUGCAUAGAUGAUAUUAAGUUACUAAAACCCUCUAGUGAAAACUGUAUUGACGCCUUCCGACAGCUCUUGAGUUCAUGCUAUAGCGCAUACCUUAAAUGUUCAGAGGACUUUUUAGCCUUUUUACAAGGCACACGAACAGCUGAAAGCCUAAAUGAAGCUGCAGCACACCGUCUUAUUAUGGAUGCUAUGAGUGCAAAGAUAGAUGCUGUGCAUCUUAGUUUAGAUGAACUCUCUAAUAUAAAAGACUCAAAGGCUUAUCGACAGUCAGAAGAACACUUAUCGGCACGGUCACUCAGAGUGCAAUCAACACAUUCGCAACAGGUUCAAAGAAAACAUAGUCCUAGCAGAUCCAAAUCAGGAAAAUCUAGUGAAUUUUCUUCAGGACUCACCAAGUACAGCCUAAGCAGGAGUGGAAGUUCAAGUACCUACCUCCAAAGAGUGGAAGCAAAACUAAACGCAUCUCGAGCUAAGUUGAAAUACGUUGCUAAGGAGGUGAUAAUUCUCAAGGAAAGGGCGGCGUUGGAUGCACAGCUAAAGCUAGUAAAAGCUGAAUGUGAGAUCGAAAUGCGAGAGAAGGAGAUAGAGGUCAUGAGAGAAACAUUUAAACUUGAGAGGGAAGAUACAGAGAUGUCGUCUACAAGAAAGUCACGCACGGAAGAAUAUGUGAAGAAUCUUCCUCACCCACAGCUUACGCAAGUUCAACAGAACGAUGCUCCUCCUAAUGUGGUCAAGGAAGUCAGAGAUUUUGUUCAAGACACAGAACAAGUAAACAACAACAGUGAUGCACAUUGCAGACAAACUCACCUGGACCCAGAUGCUCCUUCUUUCACCCCUAUUAGACCUCCACCUCACAGAGUUCAGAUGAUCACGUCAUCCCCUCUGCACGUUGAGAAUUCUAACAAUAUACAUAAUACCCCUGCCGUUGGAGAUCCAACGUGUGAUUCAUCGUCAACAAAUACAUCUAACCAGAUGACGGAGUUUACCAAGUUCUUAGUGAAAAAAGACUUACUUUUGUCACGACUUACCAAGUAUGACGAUAACCCAAUGUUCUACGUUGCAUGGAAGUUAAACUUCAAAGGGAUCAUGAAAGAGUUAGACACUACAUCAACCGAAGAACUGGACCUUUUGGUUAGAUGGUUGGGUCCAGCAUCGUCCAGACAAGCCAGCACCAUUCGUGCAUGUAAUGCAGACAAUUCAGCACUAGCUGUAAGGAAAAUAUGGGAGAGGCUUGAGGAGAGAUUUGGUUCACCCGAGAUGGUGGAAAGGAGUCUGAAAGAGCGCAUUACUUCUUUCCCUAGAAUCACUGCCAAUGACAACAAACGUCUAUUCGACCUAGCUGAUCUAGUUAGUGAGAUAGCAUCUGUGAAGGAACAACCACAAUACCAUGUUCUCUUUGGUUAUUUUGAUUCUUCUACCGGGAUAAACCCGAUUGCAUCAAAGUUACCUUGGAACCUACAGGAGAAGUGGGUGACAGAAGCUAGUAGAUUCAAACGGCAACAGGGAAGCACCUUUCCACCCUUCUCGAUAUUUGUCAAGUUUAUACACGACACGGCCAAGACUCGGAAUGACCCAAGUUUCCAGUUCGACCGCACAGAAAGGACGAGUUCAAGUUCGAGUGUGCCAAAGAAAACAUCAACUGUGGUUGUCAAGAAGACUGAGACUACAAGUAACACUACCAAUCUAGACGAUUCACAAUUGUGUCCAUUACACAAAACAAAGCAUUUACUCAACGAAUGCUCAGCUUUCCGCAGGAAGCCCCUUGAAGAGCGCAAAAAGUUCAUACUUUCCAAUGGCAUAUGUUUUAAGUGCUGUGGACCUAAGAAGCACAGAGCUAUGAACUGUAAGACAAAUGUGAAAUGUGACGUCUGUAAAAAAUCUUCACAUCCAAGUGCACUUCAUGCGGAUUUGGAUUGCCACGUAGGGGAGCUCUCACCAGAAGGAACAGUGAAGAAUGCUUGCACUAAAGUUUGUGGAAAACCAAGGGGUACUAGCAGAUCCUGUGCUAAGAUUAUACCAGUUAGAGUAUAUCUAAAGGAUGAUCCACAGAAGUGUCGAGUUGUGUAUGCUCUCAUUGAUGACCAGAGCAGCCAUUCAUUAGCAACAUUGCCAUUCUUUGACUUCUUUUCACCAGGAAGUUCUAAAUAUCAGUACAUACUGUCUUCAUGUGCAGGAAGACUUACUACUUCAGGAAGGAGGGGUCAUGGUUAUGUGAUCGAGUCGUUGGAUUUGACAUGCAAGUUAGAGCUACCCGUCGUCAUUGAGUGCAACGACAUACCCAAUAACAGAGACGAAAUUCCGUUCCCUGCCGUUGCACAGCAGUACCCUCACCUUCAAGAAAUUGCUUCAUUCAUACCUACUGUGAUGGAUGAUGUUGAGAUUGAACUUCUUAUAGGAAGAGAUGUUGUCUCAGCACACCAUGUUCUGGACCAGAAACUCGGUGAGAGUGACCUUCCAAUAGCCCAAAGGCUCCCUCUUGGUUGGGUCAUUAUUGGACAAGUUUGUAUGGGAAAUUUGCACCACACAAAUGUUAUAAACGUGAAUAAGACAUUCAUACUACAAAAUGGUAGACCAUCUAUAUUCGAACCAUGUGAUAGUAAGUUCCAUAUUGCUGACAACCCAUUUGUGAAAACAGAACAUGACGAAAAAACUGGACUCUCCUUUGAGGAUAAAGCCUUUCUUCAUGUGAUGGAAUCUGGCAUGAAGAAAGAGGAGGAUGGGCAUUGGUCAGCACCACUUCCCUUUCGACAGGAUCGACCAGUUCUACCUAGCAACAGAGCACAAGCUGCGAAGCGUGCUAAGUCGUUUGAUUCCAGUCUCCAACGUGACCCAUUAAAACGUCAGCACGUACUGGAAUUUAUGGAUAAAAUCUUCAUACAUGGACAUGCUGAGAAGGCACCGACCAUUCCCCAAGGACAAGAGUGUUGGUACCUCCCCAUGUUCGGGGUGUACCACCCUAAAAAACCCAACUCCAUAAGAGUAGUAUUUGAUUCCUCAGCUCGUCACGAAGGGUUAUCACUGAAUGAUGUAUUAAUGAAGGGUCCAGAUCUCUCAAACAGUUUACAAGGCAUUCUGCUUCGUUUCCGUCAGAAUGCUGUUGCCAUUACAGCAGACGUGGAACAAAUGUUUCAUAAUUUCCGAGUUGAUGAGCCAGACCGCAACUACUUACGCUUCUUAUGGCACCAGGGGAACGACUUUGAAAAGCCCUUAGAUGAGUUCCGGAUGAGAGUGCAUGUUUUUGGGAACUCCCCUUCCCCUGCAGUGGCCACAUAUGGUUUACGUCGAUCUGUUGUUGAUGCUGAACCAGAUGUCAAGAACUUUGUAUUUCAUGAUUUCUAUGUAGAUGAUGGGCUCACUAGCUGUGACACUGAGGAGAAGGCUGUAAGUCUGAUGAAGCAGACCCAGAAAGCACUUAGGGAAGGAGGAAUGUUGCGUCUCCAUAAGAUAGCAUCUAAUUCCAAGUCAGUUCUCAGCCAAUUUGACCAAGAUGACCUUGCUAAGGACUUAAAGAGCAUGGAUUUUGGUUCGGAGAUUAUGCCAGUGCAGAGGACUCUUGGUGUGGUUUGGAAUAUCGAAUCUGACAAGAUCACCUUUCAAGUUUCAAAAGAAACAAAGCCCUACACUCGUAGAGGAGUACUGUCAACAAUAAACAGUUUAUUCGAUCCUCUGGGUUUUGUCUCACCUGUCACACUCAGAGGUAAAAUGCUUCUUCGUGAGAUGAUGUCGCCUCCAGGUCCCACCAACUGGGAUGAACCACUUCCAGAAUCCUUUCGUGAGCAAUGGGAAAACUGGGUGAAAUCGCUUCGUCAGUUAGAAGAGGUUGAGGUCCCAAGGAUGUAUGGAAGACUUUCAUUAUCCCAGGUUCCUAGUACUGAAGUCCACAUAUUCUGUGAUGCCUCUAAGGAUGCUAUCGCUGCUGUGGCGUACAUCAAGACUAUAGGAGAAGAUUCAUCUGAUGUAGGAUUCUUGCUUGGAAAAGCAAAGGUAGCACCCAGUCAUGGCCAUACUAUACCACGUUUAGAGUUGUGUGCUGCUGUGGUUGCUGUUGAGUUGGCUGAAGUGGCCAAAGAACAACUGGAUCUCAAGAAAGAAGAUUUCCAUUUCUACUCUGAUAGUCGUGUGGUACUUGGAUACAUAUCAGCAGAAACUAGAAGAUUUCAUGUUUAUGUAGCUAACAGAGUCAGUCGCAUCAGAUCAUUUUGUGGACCAGAACAGUGGAAUCACGUACCCACAGAGGACAAUCCUGCAGAUGGCGCCACUCGCAAGUUUAGAACUUCAGAUCUCUCAGACAGCAUGUGGUUAAGAGGACCAGACUUUUUACGAAGUGUCAAGGUUGAUGAUGUGAAUGAACACUUUCCUCUUAUUGAUGCUGAGAUUGAUAAAGAGAUAAAGAAAGAAGUAUCAACUGCUAAGACAGUGCUUGAGCCAGUAUUAGGUUCGAAACGCUUUUCACGUUUCUCAACAUGGAAAAGUUUAGUGAGAGCCAUAAUGACUUUGAAGAUGCUUGCCAGGAAAACAUGUGCCUCUCAGGUCAUUGAUGACACCAAUUUGCUUGAGUCUACAGAAAAACUCAUCAUCAAAGAAGCGCAGUUAGAAACUUACGGUGCAGAAAUCAAGGCCAUUAGAAAUGGCAGUGAUCCCCCAAAGAACAGUCCCCUCUUACCCUUGAAUCCUAUCUUGGGUGUUGAUGGUCUCCUUCGUGUCGGUGGACGUAUCCGUCGUAAACAAGUCAAGCCGGGUGGUGAUCAGCAUACAGCCCAUCCCAUUAUAAUUCCAAAGAACCAUCAUGUUGCUGUUCUGAUAAUACGUCAUUAUCACUCCAAGAUACACCACCAGGGCAGGCAAAUGACAGAAGGGGUUAUACGAUCUUUUGGUUAUUGGAUUGUCAACGGAAAGCGCAUGAUUUCAUCUGAGAUCCACCACUGCAUUACUUGUAGAAAACUUCGUGGGAAGUUUGGAUGGGUUCAGAUGGCAGACUUACCAGAGGAUCGACUGCAAGAAGCUCCGCCAUUCACAUUUGUUGGUUUAGACGUCUUUGGACCCUGGUCAGUUGUAACAAGGAGAACACGGGGCGGUUCAGCUAAUUCAAAGAGAUGGGGUGUGUUAUUUACCUGUUUAGUGUCUCGUGGAGUUCAUGUGGAACUUGUAGAGGAGAUCAGUUCAGCCUCAUUCAUUAAUUGCACGCGUAGAUUCAUAGCGUUACGAGGUCCCGUCCAGCAGAUUCGGUCUGAUCGAGGGACAAAUUUUAUAGGGGCUGUUAAAGAACUCAACAUUGAUGCAGAGUUUGUCGAAACUGGACCAGUAAAGGAUUACCUGACUGAAAGUAAAAUAGCAUGGGUGUUUAAUCCUCCCCAUGCAUCCCACUUCGGGGGUGUAUGGGAAAGGAUGAUUGGGUCGGUUCGACGCAUUUUGGAUGCUCUUCUCCUAGAGAACAAAUCCUUUGACUUGACACAUGAAGUUUUGUCAACCUUCAUGGCGGAAGCCUGUGCCAUUGUGAACAGUAGACCACUUGUUCCAGUCUCCUCAGAUCCUGAGGCACCAGCUGUCCUUUCACCAUCAUUGUUGCUGACACAGAAACGACCAGACAUCACAUUUCAAUUACCCAAGUUUGGGAACAAGGAUGCUCUGCGCAGCCAGUGGAAGUUAGUCCAACACUUAGCUGAUGAAUUCUGGUCAAGAUGGAAGGCAGAAUAUCUGAAUGCAUUACAGAAACGUGCAAAGUGGUUCAGUGAAGGUGAACAAUUUAAAGAAGGAGAUGUUGUUCUUGUUAAAGAUGAAGAAUCCCACAGAAGUCAGUGGCCAUUAGGAGUGGUGGAGGAAACAUAUCACAGCAAAGAUUCCAAGACUCGUAAGGUGAAGGUGACUGUGGUUCGCAAUGACUCCAAAGUGUCCUAUGUGCGCCCAGUGUGCCAGCUAGUAAGACUGGUCGAAGUGAUUUAG